GUAUUGUGCGUUUGCUAACCUGCAUUUUUCCCGCAACAGGUUCUGUCCUCUUCGGUCCAGCCACAGCGAUUGUCGCAAAGUACUGGAUGACACGUUUGGUGUUGACGGUCUUUCCUGCGCCGGAUUCUCCGCUGUAGUGUGAAAACGUAAAUUGCCCGAAAAUAAAUGGGCCGAGCUGGAAUCGGUUCAGCACAGAGAUCAUGCCAUGCGUCUGCUGGACGAGCUGGACAUCAUCGGCAGAGAGCGACUUUUAAAGUCGCCAGAGCUCUUCUGUAUAUGGCACAAGGGAUGUUUGGUGAGUGUAGCUCAGAGAUGGAGGUCCAGCACUGGAUGAGAUAUAACAUCUUUCUACUGUUGGAUGUUGGAGCUUUCACUGCUCUGGAAAUAGAGAAACCUGCGAUCUCUCUGGCCGACAGCACUGACCUCAGGAUCACAGGUUCUCCUCUUUAAAACCAUGAGCCCAUCUCAGUCAUGCUUUUUGGGAUGGUGACCAAGUUCUGCAGCGGUCAUGCCCCUCAUUUCCCAAUGAAGAAAGUUCUGCUGCUGCUUGGAAGACCAUCCUGGUGUUGAAUAGUUUUGGAGAGGUGAACAUUUGGGCACCCGAGGUGGAUAAAUUACCCCAAUGGGAAGAUGGGACUAAAUUUGUUGACCUGCACUGGUCGUCCUAUGCUUAAACUCAGACUUCUCACAGGAAAAUUGUUUAUCAAUUGAGAUAUGGUAGCAGUUUGUUUACAGUACCAGCAGGCGCUCACCUUCCCAAUCUCACAGCUCUUGAUUCUCAUCUUAUUGACCUGAGACUCAGAAAUGUCAGCACGUUCCUGAACCUCCUCCAGCUCAUUCUGCACCUUCCUGUAUCUAGACAGUCUGUAGAGGUGAAAGAGGUUAAAUCACUAUCCAGCAUUGUCGUUUGACUCAUCUGUUGUUACUGCUGUACAGAUGCGGGAGCAGCUGGGUUAGGUGUCUUGCUCAAGGACACCUCGACACUUGGUCAAGUGGAGCCGAAGAUUGAACCACCAACCUUCCAAUUUGAAGACAACCUACAUGAACCACUGAGCCACUGCCACCCCUAUGGAUUUGGAUUUUAGCCAUUAAAAUAAUAAAAUGUAUCAAAUAUAAUA